UGUGUGUGUGUGUUGCACAGUUCAGCUGCCAGUCAGGCUCCUGAAGUCCACCCUCCUCCUCCUCCUCCUUUCUGUGGGAGACGUCUCCACAGCCUUUUGUUUCUCUCCUCGCCGUGUCUCUCUCCACUCUGUCACACCAUCGCACAGCUCCUCCCCUCGCCCCUUUCAUCCUCGCUCUGCUCUGCUCCCCCCUGCGGACCCACUCGCUGUGGGACGUGCAUUUCCCCUGAGAAGUCCUCCUCACAGGUCGCGCAGCAGCUGGAUGGAGACGGACACAGUCGAAACUUGAGUGUUUUUCCUGGUCACACGUGUUUGUGUGUGUUGUGGUCUUCACAGUGAAGCCUGAAGCAACAGCUGGAUCUGCUGUGCACCCGUGACCCUGAUGAUGGUGACGACUGAACGGACUCUUUUCUGUCUGCUCCUGCUGUGGAUGACGACACCAGCUCAGGGUGAAGGGGCGCCAUGCUCGGUGGUGGGUCCAGUGGGGGCGCUCCACCCUGUUCAGGGUCUGCUGGAGAGGUUUGAGGCUGGUCCGGGCUGCACUGCUCGAGAACACAGGGACAAGGAAACUCAUGUGAUUGCAGUGGGCAGAGCGACCAGCAGCCCCGGGAACAAGGUGACGGUGUUGCUGCAGCCUUUGUCUCCGACAGCAUCACCUCUCAGAGCCCUCCGCUUGGUGCUCAGCUCCAAGCUCCCCGUCAGCUGGUGGCUGGAGGCCGAGAGGCUGCCCCAUGGCCUCCCUGUGCUGGUGCAGGUGUCCUCAAACUCCAGCGUACAGUCCCACACCCUGCGCUUGCAAGUCCAAAUGCUGCAUUUUCUGCCCUUCCAGCCACGUGCGCUGCACCGCUGGGCUCUGAGACACCACGGCAACCUGUCCUCGCUGACACACGCCACACAUGGCAAUAGGGUCUACGUCCGACUGGGAGAGGACCCAGCGCUCCCUGCUGUGUGCCAGCUGCAGUCCAUGUUCCUCUCUCACAACUACAUGACCUCUGAUCUGCAGCCACAGGAAGUGCAGGGCUGCGUCUACGCUGCAGCAGCUGGGACCAGCCCUGAAGUCCACGUGAUCAAGCUCCAUUCAGUAGGCUCGGGGCUCUGUGGCUCUCUACAGGUGGAGGUGAUUGUCUCUCUUGUGCCGCCGGUGGCCAACUCAAAGGCACACAAGGUGGUUCUGAUUCUCAGCAGCUCGGUGCCAGUCAACUGGGCCAUCGUUGCUCAUGGAGUCCAGGGUCAAGUCUCUGUUCAUUCCUCCAACAGCAUGUCUCCCCCCUUCCCCCCUGAGCCUGACCUGACUCUGUCCAGUACUCUCGACUCUGACCUGUCCACCAUCUCUGACCUGCUGCUUUGGGCCAAUGAGAGGGGCUACACCACGGUGACCUCGUACACUGAGGCCGACGUGGCCAAUCGCUUUGUGAUCCAGCUGGCUGUGGGCGGGACAGAUGUGGCCAUGAAUCCUCUGGUCGUGAGGCCGCCCUGGGCCGAGGAGCGUAGGCUGAGGCAGUGGCUGAACGGAGGAGGCCGAGAGACUUUCACAGUGCAGUGUGAGGACGGGCGCCUCAGCGUGACCGUGGACCAGCACAUCCUGCAGAGCUGGUCUCUCCCGGUGGCUGCCGUGACUCUGCGUGAUUCGACGUGCCGGGCUCAGUCCAACGGGAGCCACUUCCUGUUGGUGUUCCCAGUCAUUUCCUGUGGGACUGAGGGUCUGCUCCUGGGACAGCCCAGAGGGGUGCAGUACAAAAACAUGGUGUUGCUGUGGAGAGACCAACCGCAGACCAUUCUGGCGCUCAGUGGCACAGAGAACAAGUCCAAAGGUCCACUUGGCAUACAUGUGAGAUAUGUGUGUGUCUGUGCAUGUUUGACUCUGUGUCCAUCUUAUAAAUGCAGUAUACCGUUGUUUAGAAAGUGUUCAGACUCCUUGGCUUUAUUUAGCGUCUGUUUCAUUUCAAAUGGGUAAAAUUGCCGUUCUUGCUCAUUAGUCUACACUGGAACCAGCAGGACUCUUCUAGAGUCGGCCUCCAACCAGACUGAGGAACAGGAAGGUCCCCAGUCAGGGAGGAGACGGAGAGACCAGUGGUCCCUCUGACAGAGCCUCAGACGUCCUC